CAUUCCUCUUUUCUCCGUAGGAACUGAGCGAUGUCUCGCCCCGCAUGGCUGCCCCCCAAGAACCCCAGUGAACCGGUGGGGCACGUCACCGCAAGGAUGGAGACGACCCAUACUUUCGGGACCCCCAGCAUUUCCGUUUCCACUCAGCAGACCCCCAAAAAAUUUGCUCCGGUGGUAGCUCCCAAGCCAAAAUACAACCCUUACCGGCCAGAACUCGAAGGUGACUUCCCACCGCCCCCUCCCCCUCCCCCACCGCCCCCCCUCUCAUCCGACCACCUGGGGAGCUUCCCGCCAGCCUCGGGGUCUUUCCUGCCGCCUCCGCCCCCUCCGGAGGAAGCUUUUGCCAACAUCCAGGUCAACUCUGGCGGGAAGACGUUGGAAGAGAGGAGAUCCAGUUUGGAUGCGGAGAUCGACUCCUUGACCAGCAUCCUUGCAGACCUGGAAAACAGCUCACCUUACAAGCCAAGGAGCCAACAGACCCAGGCCACUGGCAUUUCUGGCGGAUCUCCCGGGACCACCCCCGCCGUGUCCACUCCGGUCACGGGACACAAGCGCAUGGUCAUUCCCAACCAGCCUCCCUUGACCGCCACCAAAAAGUCGGCCACCCCCAAGCCCGGCGUCCAACCCAUCCCGGUGACACCCGUCGGAACCCUGAAGCCUCAGCCCGUUCCGGCACCCUACGCUACGGCCGCCACCCCCACCCGCCCCCCGUUCAACGUGCAGGUGAAAUCGGCUCAUCCUGCCCCCCACUUCCCACCCUCGGCUCCCCAAUAUGGCAGCCUGGGCCCCCAGCCUGCUUCUUCCAUGGGGUCCUAUGUGCCGCCGCAACCUCGGGCACCCGAUUAUGGUUACGUGCCCCCACCAGCGAUGGGUUACGGUUCCGCGCCACUGCCGGCCCGCCAGCCAGAACCGUCCUACGGUGGGAGCGCCACCCAAAGAGGCUGGGAGGGAGCCGAGCCUUCCUAUGGGCCCCCUGGAAGCGCCUGGAAGCCUGAGCCAGCCUACCCUCCAGCUGUGGGGCAGUACCCGUCCUCUGGAGCCAGGAAGACCUACGGUUUUGAGCCAGCACCGGCCUCUCAGCUGCCCGCCUUGCAACCAAAGACUGAAAAUGCUGCUCCGAGUCCGGGAUCUGCAUUUAGACCAGAGGAUGAAUUAGAACACUUGACCAAAAAGAUGCUCUAUGACAUGGAUAAUCCACCUUCAGAAGAAUACUUUGGUCGUUGUGCCCGUUGUGGAGAGAACGUGGUCGGAGAAGGAACCGGUUGCACCGCGAUGGACCAGGUCUUCCACGUCAACUGUUUUACCUGCAUGAUUUGCCAUAACAAACUCCGGGGACAACCCUUCUACGCCGUGGAGAAGAAGGCCUAUUGUGAGCCUUGCUACAUCAACAGCCUGGAGCAGUGCAGCGUCUGUGCCAAGCCCAUCAUGGAGCGCAUCUUGAGGGCCACGGGGAAAGCUUACCACCCUCACUGCUUCACCUGCGUGAUUUGUAACCGGACCCUGGAUGGCAUCCCCUUCACCGUGGAUGCCGGGGGCAACAUUCAUUGCAUUGAGGAUUUCCACAGGAAAUUUGCCCCCCGAUGCUCCGUCUGCAAGGAACCCAUCAUGCCCGCUCAGGGCCAGGAGGAAACUGUCCGGAUCGUGGCCCUGGACCGUGACUUCCACGUCCACUGCUACCGCUGUGAGGACUGUGGGGGUCUCCUCUCCGAAGGCGACAAUCAAGGCUGCUACCCCUUGGAUGACCACAUCCUCUGCAAAGGCUGCAACUCCGCCCGGAUCCAGGCGCUGACCGCCAAGGCCAGCACUGACCUCUGAAGAGGGCGCGGAGGGAUCCGGGAUCCGGCUUCCCAGGACUCUCCUGCACGCUACUUGCCCCCCCACAGCAGAUUGCGCCAUCUUUCUGCACACACCUGGCUGUCUAGGGAAGGUAUUUCUGGGCGGGGUCCUGAGGCUCUUUCAGGGGGGCUUCUUAGCCCCUCCCCAUGGAAAGGAGCCUUUCCCAGAGAAAGAGAGAGAGAGAGAGGUGUCCAAUUUCCACCUCCUUAGGUUUUGGGGUGUUACCAUGCACCCACAUUUAAGAGUGGGGGUGUCGGGUGGAGUCCCUAGAUGGGGGGUCACGUCCUCACGCCCCUUUCCACUUGCAUGCCUUUAAUUGCACACCUGUCCUAACCAUAAUCAAGGGCUUUUCUGGCACCUCGUUCAAUGGAUUUAGCAAAAUUUCUCCCUUGUCCUAGUUCGACUUCAUCCUAUCUUCCUCUCUCCCCACCCCUCAAAUAUAUAUAUAUAUAUAUUAUAUAUUUAUAUAUAUUCCCUAUGCCUUUUAAACCACCAUUGCCUAAGGCUUCUUCCUCUUUGGCAAGCCUUCAGCUUGUUUUGCACAUUUCUACAGGUAGUCCUCGACUUACGACCCCAGUGCAGCCCAACAGUUCCAGCACUAAGCGAGGCAGUGAAGGGUGCCUCAUUUUACGAACUUUUUCUGCCACGGUGGUUAAGGGGACCACUGCGGUUCUUAAGUUAGUCACACCGUCGUUAAGUGAAUCUGGCUCCCCCCCACUGACUCGGCCAGUCAGAAGUUUGCAAAAGGGAAUCAUGUGAUCCCAGAACACUGCAACCGUCAUAAGUACGAGUCAGUUGCCAAACCUCUGAAUUCGGAUCACAUGACCACAAGGAUGCUGCAGUGGUCGUGCAAAAAUUGGUCAUAAGUCACUUUUUUUCAGGGCCGUUGUAACUUCAGACGGUCACUAAACGAACGGUGGUAAUUCAAGGAUUAUCUGUAUAUCCAAAUUCCCUUGAUAUCUAGUAUCAUCACCUGUUUUAUGCCUUAAAAAGGAAAGAAAUUUUAAAAACGGAUAAAAAUUGGGGGCUGAUAGUGUUUUCACUUGCCCCAGGAUCAAAAUAAAUUUAGCAAGACAAAAGAUUUAAUGGCCUGGAAAAAAUUUCCUGGUUUUACAGAUGGACUCAUUGACACGAUCUCGCUGCUUUCCUUUAUUGGAAGCAGUUAAGAGGAACACACAAUGUGUUUCAUCCGUUUCCUGCAUAGGUCGUCCUGGAUUUACGACCAUAAUUGGGAGGGACCAGAAUUUCCAUCGCUAAGCAAGAUGGUUGUUAAAUGAAUCACACCUGAUUUUACAGUCUUUGCUGCCUGCCACCAUUUUUAAACGAAUCACUGCCCUUGUCAAGCGAACCACACGGUCGUUAAGCAAAUCUGACUCGGUUUAUUGAGGGCUGCUGGCGAUCACACAACCCCGGCACACUGCCACCGUCGUAAAUACAUGCUAAUUUGAUCACAGGCUGCAGCGGUCAUAAGUGGGAGGACUGGUCGUAAGUCCCAUUUUUUCAGUACCAUUGUAACUUUGGUUGUAAAUCAAGGACCAUCUCUAUGGAUUUAUUUCCAGGUUUGGCAGUAGAGUAAAAUUUCCCCAAGGCCAGUCUUUUUUCAACUUCGGCCCCUUUAAGAGAAAUGGACUUCAAUUCCCAGAAUUCCCCAGCACCAAAAGUUGGAAUAUACCUGCUGAAUAAAACUCCACAUUGGUGACAGGAAGGGCAUCUGGCCAGGAAACACUCAGCUCCGUUCAGUUGCCCAGAACUCUACCCCGCGAGGGAUUAAAUUAAAAGAGGAUGAUAGAGGAAUAUAUUUUGCAAAUUGCAAAGCAUUAUGUAAUCGAGUGCCCCAAAGUGCCUUUUGCAGAAGGAAUUUUGGACCUAAUCUGAGCAGUCAUUAAACAGAUGGCCAUUAAGUCGAGGACUAGUUAGUUAAGCCCUGAGACUGGACUAGCUAAGACUAGGCUUAGAUUUUCUGAAGCUGUUUUUCUCCGGACUUUUAAUAUAAUUUGGGUGGUUUAGGAAUGGGUUGAUCAAUCAUUUAAGCCAGGAAUCCCCAAACUCAGCCACUUUAAGACUUGUGGACUUCAACUCCCAGAAUUCCCCAGCCAGCGGGGAAUUCUGGGAAUUGAAGUCCACAAGUCUUAAAGUGCCCGAGUUUGGAGAUUCCUGAUUUAAGCAGAGAUUCUUUUGAAUCUCUUGCAGUCCUUUGUGGAGGGCAUGUUUGGGAAAGAGUGAAAGAAGAAGGAUCAAGAAAAAGAAAGAGGGAAAGGCAAACUCAGUCUGGCCACUCAGGCAGGAAACAAGAUUUAUAGAAAAAUAAACAAGAGGAACCAGAUUAGAAGGGAUCACGAAGAGAGAUGAAGAAAUCAGAUACCGUGGGAAAGCUUCACUCUUAAAAGCAUUUUACAGCAGCAAAACAAGCUAAAUCAAUAUUUUUCCAACUUGGCAACUUGAAGGGGUGGGGAAUUCCCAUGGCCGACCGAGGAAUUCUGGGAACUGAAGUCCAGGCAUUCUGGCUGGAGAAUUCUGGGAGUUGAAGUACAUGCAUGCAGCCUGGAGAAUCCUGGGAGUUGAAGUCCCAAGUGUGAUGAAUUCUGGGAGUUGAAGUCCAAACAUGCUGAAUUUAGGGAGUUCAGGUUCGCGCAUGCUGUCUGAGGAAUUCUGGGAGUUGCAGUUUAUGCGUACUGAAUUCUAGGAGUUGAAGUCCAAGCAUGCAGAAUUCUUAAAGUCUUAAAGCUGCCAAAUUUGGGGACCCCUGCGAUAGAGGAUGUUGCUUCUGUUCUUUAUUAUCUAUCAACCUUUAGCAUUUCUCAACCUCUUUAGAGACUUUAAGAUGGGUGGACUUCAAAUCCCAGAAUCCCCCAGAAAAAUGGUUGCCUGUUUCCCAGUUUCUGUGGAUCGGAAGACAAUUGUUCCGCCAGGCCGGGCUAUCAAUGUAAAGAUUUUAAUUGGUUUUAAAUUGGUUUUAAAAAUGGGAUUUUAAAUUUGGGGUUUUAUAAUUGAGCCUAUUAUUUAAUAAUUUUAAUUAUUUUUAAAUUUUGUCUGCCUUUGUGCUUUUAAUCAGGCUGUAUACCACCCUGAGUCCUUCGGGAGAAGGGCAGUAUAGAAAUAAAAUUAAUUAAUUAAUAAAUUAAUAAAUUUGGGAGUCAAGCUAUAGGGCCAUUUUAGAGUAAGGAGAUUGGGGGAUGGCUUUUAGGAGAAAGUGGUCUUUGCAAUUUUACAAGCCGGGGGAUGUAAUACGAGCAGGAGGAAUCCCCUCCUCACCUGAGAACCCCCCUUAUUUUAAAUGCACUGUUUGCAAUUAGACAAGUCAAAUAAACAUCAGAUAUAACCGCCCCCUUAAAACCAGGAGCCAUUCCAGCAAAGCUCAUGAAUAUAGAAAGCUAAAAUAAAACACUUUUUUUUUUUUUUGCAUCUCUUGCCUUCUUGGCUGUGUAUUUUUCCUGACCCUCGAAGUCUUGAAUCACCAGCAUAUAUAUAAAUAAAUAUAUAUAUAUAUAUAUUUUAUAUAUAGUCAAUCGGUAUAUAUGGUGCCUUAUUGUACUUUGAAGAAAAUGCAAAAGUGCCUUUGCCAAGUUUCUGUACGUUUUAUUCUAUGCAAUUUUACAGCUUUUUGUCCUUCUUGGCUCAGUUCGUUGAAUGAUUACGAUGCUUUUAAUUGCCUCUGAAUUUUUAUCCUGUUAUAUUUUUGCUAAGUUUUCCACCGUAAGGAGAAGAACGUGCACUGUUUCAAAACUUUUCUCUUUACUCCUGCCAAAGAACCACAGAUUAUUAUUAUUAUUAUUAUUUUGGAAACUGUUAGCAAACUAAUAAACUCUCGAUACACUUCA